UUCGAGAUCCUCCAAUUCCUCUGUCGACCAGAGUCAGCCAGUCCUUCGUCUAGAUAGACAUACCCUCAAGCAAGCAAGCAAGCAAGCAAGCAAGCAAGCAAGCAACCCGCUUUCUAGACUCAACCCAAAAUAUCCACCAGAUACCCCUCGUCAAACUCAACAAUUUCAAAAGCAAUGGCUCCCAUCACCAAGUCUCUUGCCCUCGUUGGCUCCCUGCUUGCGGCCUUCGCCUCGGCCGCCCCCGUCGACAAGCGCGACCAGGUUGUGGAGAUCGAGACCGUCACCUCUGUUGUCUGGACCACCGUCGACGUGACCACCACCGUCACUGUCGAGCCUACCUCCACCACCAACGCUGUGAACAAGGUCGCCGAUCACACCCAGGCGCACCACAGCUCCCACCACAGCUCCUACACCACUUCGACGACUGCUGGAUGGGAACAGCCCGUCUGGACCGCCCCCGCCGUGCCCUCCUUCACUUGGACCCCCGAGGUUCCUCAGUGGACCACCAGCGUCGCUACUUCGACCACUGAGCAGUGGCACGCCACCACCACCACCACUUCCUCCACCACUUCCUCCACCACUUCCUCCACCACUUCCACCACUUCGGCCUGGACCACCACCACCUCCUCCUCUUCCACCUCCACCACCGCUGCUGCCGCUGCUACCACCAGUGCUAGCUCCAGCUCCGGCUCCAGCUCUUCUGGCGUUUGCUCCGAGUCCUCGCCCUGCAGCGGAGACAUCACCUACUACGAGGUCGGUCUGGGAUCCUGCGGUGAGACCAACACCGACAGCGAGCACGUCCUGGCUCUGUCGCACACCAUCAUGCAGAAGAGCUACUGUGGCAAGUCGGUGACCAUCAACUACGGCGGCAAGACCGCGACCGGUACCAUCGUCGACACCUGCAUGGGUUGUGCCGAAGGCUCCAUCGAUCUGUCCUCGUCGCUGUUCCUCGAGCUGGCCGAACUGGGUGCCGGCCGUGUCAGCGGUGUCGACUGGUACAUCCAGUAGAAGUGUGAAGGAAACGUGAUUUACGGAUAGAAUGAUUACCCUGCUACCUUUUCUUUCGUGUGCAUAUCUUUUUUGUUGAGUUAUCUGGGAGAAUGGAACGAACCCGUCGCGGCGCGAUGGCCUGAAUAGAUUGCCUUCUUUCUUCAUCUUGACCUUGUAAAGUGUAGCGAGUAAGGUGGAAAGUGUGCGGUGCCAGUAGGACUUCUUUUAUCUUGGAAUAGACCCGUAGCAACCUGGGCAAGUCAACGGCAAGUACUGCACUCAUUACGUAUUCUACUUUGCUGUGCCUCUCCCACCGUGUACUCUUACCUUGCACGACUACAAUCCCACCAGCCUACCCAUUAGCCUCCCUAUCGACCUA